UCCUCCCUCUGCCUGGUAGAGCAUCUCAUAGACAGAAUGGCGGAGAGAGAAAAGGCAAGCACAACCCCAGCCAGCUCCUCUCCUUUCCUGGGGCUCCACCUGGCUUCACCCCCACAUUUCAGGCUUACGCAUGACAUCACACUGGAAGAAUUUGAAGAUGACGAUUUAUCCGAGAUCACCGAGAUCACCGAUGAAUGUGGAAUCAGUUUGCACUGCAAUGAUAGCCGGCACUGCAAGAGCCGCCUGCGUGCCGAGCCUGGUCCUGCCUCGGGAGGGGGGGGAGCUGCCAGUCGGAUCCAGGCGGAGAUGCUGCAGCUGGACCUGAUCGAUGCCGGCCAUAUCUCCGAAGAGGAGACGCGAGCCCCCGUGGACCCCAAACCAUUCCUGCCUCCAUCCAUGGACACCUACCGACCCAAGAGGCCUACCACCCUCAACCUCUUCCCACAGGCCCCACGCACACAGGACACUUUGAAUAAUAACUCUCUGGCGAAGAAAUACAGCUGGCAGGAGAGGGUGUCUCGCUCCUCCUCUCCACUCAAGACAGGGGACACAACACCAUCCAAUGAACACGUAUGUCUAAGUGAUGAAGGGAACCCACCGGCUGUCACCCAGGAUCGCGGCACUUCAACAGACACCCCCUGUCGACGUCACAAUGCCACUCAGGGUACCAAUGACCCCUCUGGGCGCUCCAACGCCCGAACCCGCUUGGACCCACAUCGGGACCGUAUCCGCUACCAGACUGAUGUACGACUGGAGCCCACAGAAGAAAUCUUCCUCACUCCAGUCCAGAGAUGUUCAGAUCCUCCAGAACCAGAAAGACCCUUCGUAUCCCAGACCGGACCCUGCCGAAUGUCCGUCAGCUCCGAUGCAGACGUUAACGUCCGACCCCCCAAUUCAGGCAGGCAGCAGCUGUCCAUCAGUGAGGAAGAGGAGGAAGGAGAGGAUGGGGUGGGCUAUCUGGGUUGCCCUGGAAGAGUUGGUGGCCAUCGGGGACUACAGAGGUCAUCUGUCAGCUCAGACACCAGUGGACUAUCUUAUGACUCCGUCAAAUACACGUUAGUGGUUGACGACAAUGUACAGCUACAACUGGUCAGCCUGCGGCAGUGUUAUGCGGGGUACAGCGACGACAGCGACAGCGGUACCGUCUACGAUAAUUGCGUUUCUUCGCCUUAUGAGUCUGCCAUAGGCGAGGAGUAUGAAGAAGAGGAGGAUGAACACGUGGGGGCAACCGGGAGGGAAGGGAACCGAGUCCGAAGGUCCAUGUGUCUAUCGGACACCUCUUCACCAGACGCCGAUGUCUCCUACUCGAAAAAAUUCCUCAACGUCUUCAUGAAUGGACGGUCGCGAUGUACGAGUGCAGAUUCAUUUGGCUUGUUUUCGUGUCUGAUAAAUGGGGAGGAACGAGAACAGACGCAUCGAGCCGUCUUCAAGUUCAUGCCCCGCCACCCAGGGGAGCUAGAGCUGGAGGCAGAGGAUCCGGUUUAUGUGGAGGUCCAAGCUGAGGAUUACUGGUAUGAGGCGUAUAACAUGAGAACUGGGGAGCGAGGGAUCUUUCCAGCUUUCUAUGCAGUUGAGGUGACGAAGGAACCAGAUCACUUAGAAGAAACACGAGCCUCUGAUUGGGUGGAUCAGUUUUGGGUGAAGUUCCUCGGUUCGGUGCAGGUACCAUAUCACAAAGGGACUGACGUUCUCUGCACCGCCAUGCAAAAGAUUGCUAUGUCCCGUCGCCUUACAGUGCUGUCAAACCCGCCCUCCAGCUGCAUCCUGGAGAUCAGUCUGCGAGGGUUAAAGAUUGCAGUGCACGGGGAGGACCCUCAUGAUCACAGCCAGGUGAACACAUGCAGCCAUUUCUUCCAGUUAAAGAAUAUUUCUUUCUGUGGCUACCACCCCAAGAACAGCAAAUAUUUUGGCUUCAUCACUAAGCAUCCUUCAGACCAUCGGUUUGCAUGUCAUGUAUUUGUCUCUGAGGAAUCUACCAAACCCCUGGCAGAAUCUGUCGGGAGAGCCUUCCAACAGUUUUACAAAGAGUUUGUGGACUACACAUGUCCCACAGAAGAUAUAUAUCUGGAGUAGCCAUGGAUUUCUGUGCAUGGACUAAAUGUAAGCAGGAAGCUGCCGAACUUCGAGACGAGCGAUAGGCUAGAGGCCUGCUCUCGUCUCAGUCCCAAGGAACUGGAGGAGCGGUUGUGUGAAUGUCAGCCAAGGUGAUCAUGGGUGGUUCCUCCAUAUAACUUCCCCCAAUAACCUUCUCCCUUCUUGGACUUGCCCUUAACCCACUUCUACAUAAUCAAGGAUCAGAGGGUGCAAAUGGACUAAUGCACUCCCCCUCCCCCCCAUGUACUGCAGGUUGAAUGUCCCAGCAUGUGCAAAAUGUAAGAAGAGGAAGAAACCAACGGAACGAGGAAGGGGAGUGGCAGAAAGCGCGCUGGCUUUGCAAGCCAACAGACUGUACUAAGACACUGUGUAUGGAGAAAUAUAGUAUUUAUUUAAAAAGAGAGGGCUAGCAAACGAUUGCGUGCAUUAAACUGUAUAUUAGUAACAGA